AUGGUUUCGUUGGGGUCACCACAAUCUUUGAACAUCAGAGUUGGCAUUGACAUCAAUGCCAGAAAGUUACCAACCGUGUUUCGGUGGACUGGUGAAGGCAAGAAUUGCUUCCUCUCUGGAAGUUUUGACAACUGGAACUCCCUUAUUCCCUUAGUUAAAAGUGUGAAUGAUUUUUUCACAAUCAUUGAAUUGCCUGAGGGUACGUACCAGUACAAGUACCUCAUCGACAAUCAGUGGAUGUGCGAUAACAACCAAGAUAAAGUACCUAACUCGUUUGGCACACACAAUAACGUCAUCUCGGUUAGACCAUCUGAUUUUGAAGUUUUUGAAGCUUUGGGUACGGACAGCUUGGCUACAGGUCACAUGAAAAACUCAAAAAUUGGCGAAUAUGGACAGUACAUCCCACCGAAGGAAUCAUCCUACCAUGGAGUGAAGCACACCUUCCCUCCCAUCUUGCCUCCUCAUCUUCUCCAGGUCAUCCUCAAUAAGGAAGUACCACUGCAUUGUGAACCAUCUCUACUACCCGAACCAAAUCAUGUCAUGCUGAAUCAUUUGUAUGCUCUCUCAAUUAAGGAUGGAGUGAUGGUGCUCAGUACAACUCACAGGUACAGAAAGAAGUACGUUACGACACUCAUUUACAAACCGAUAUAG